UCUGCCAACAGCUUCAGCAGCGGCUCUAUCUGGAAACCCACUACACUCACUGACAAUUAAAAGGAGGCCCCUUUUCUUUCUUAUUUCCGAGGAAUAUUCACCACCAUGGGCGACAAGAAGAGCCCUACCAGGCCAAAAAGACAAGCCAAACAGACUGCAGAUGACGGCUACUGGGACUGUAGCGUGUGCACCUUCAGGAACACCGCCGAGGCUUUCAAGUGCAGCAUCUGCGAUGUGAGGAAGGGCACAUCCACAAG